AUGAGGAUGAGGAAGAUGGUUGAGCAUGAGGAUGAGUGCGAUAAUGAGGAUGAGGAUGAGGAUCAGGUUGUGGAUGAGGACAGGGAUGAGAAUGAAGAUGAUAAUGAGGAUGAGCAUGAUACUGAGGAAGAGGAUGAGGAUGAUGAUGAUGUUGAUAAUGAUGAUGAUGACGACGAUGUUGAGGAUGAGAAUGAGAAUGAGGAUGAGAAUGAGCAUGAGGAUGCGGAUGAGGAUGAGGAUGACGAUGUGGAUGAGGAUGAGAAUGAGGAUGAAGACGAGAAUGAGGAUGAGGAUGUGCAUGAGGUUGAGGAUGAGGACGAGGAUGAUAAUGAGGAUGAGGAUGCGGUUGAGGAUGAGGAUAAGGAUGAGGAUUCGGAUGUUGAUGAGGGUGGGGAUGAUGACGGGGAUAAUGCUGAGGAUGACGUUGAGGAUGAGGAUGAGGAUAAGGAUGAGGGUGAUGAUGCGGAUGGGGAUGAGGAUGAUGAUGAUGACGAUGGUGAUGAUGAUGUUGAUGAUGAUGAUGAUUUUGGUUAUGAUGAUGAUGAUAAUGUUGAUGAUUGUAAUUAUGGUGGUGAUGAUGGUGAGGAUGGUAAUAAUGAGGAUGAGAAUGAAUAUAUGGAUACGGAUGAGGAUGGGGAUGAGGAUGAUAAUGAUGAUGAUGUGGAUGGGGAUAUGUUUGAGGGUGAGGAUUAUUUUGAGUAUGAUGAUGAGGAUGAGGAUGAUGAGCAUGAUCAUGAAUGUGAUGAGGAUAAUGAGGAUGAUGAUGAGGAUGUGGAUGAGGAUGAGGAUGGUGAUGAUGUUGAUGGUGAUGAUGAUGAUGAUGAUGAUGAAGACGCUCAUGACCAUGAUAAUGAUGAUGAUGUGGAUGAGGUUCAGGAUGAGAAUGAGAAUGAGAAUGAGGAUGAGAAUGAAUAUAAGGAUAUGGAUGAGGAUGGGGAUGAGGAUGAUAACGAUGAUGAUGUGGAUGGGGAUAUGUAUGAGGAUGAGGAAUAUUUUGAGUAUGAUGAUGAGGAUGAUGAGGAUGAUGAUGAUCAUGAUGAUGAGAUUGAGGAUGAGGAUGAGUUUGACGAUGAGGAUGAGGAUGAGGAAGAUGACUUUGAAUAUGAUGAGGAUCGUGAUGUUGAUGAUGUUGUUGAUGAUGUUGAUGAUGUUAAUGAUAUUGGUGAUGAUGAGGAUGAGGGUGUGUACUUUGAGAAUGAGGAUGAGGAUGAGCACGUGGAUGUGGAAGAGGAUGAGGAUGAGGAUAAUGAAUACGAUGAGGAUGAUGAUGAUGAUUAUGAAGAUGAUGAUGAUGAUGAUGAUGAUGAUGAUGUUGAUGAUGUUGAUGAAGAUGAUGAUGAUGAUGACGUUGAUAAUUAUGAGGAGGAUUUCGAGGAUGAUGAUGAGGAUGAGAUUGAGGAUGAUGAUGAUGAUGAUGAUGACGUUGAUAACGUCGAUCAGAAUUGGGAUGAGGACUUCGAGGAUGAUAAUGAGGAUGAUGGUAAUGAUGAUGAUGAUGAUAACGAUGAUGAUAAUGAGAAUGAGGAUGACGAUCAGAAUGAGUAUGAGUUUGACGACGAGUAUGAGGACGUCGAUGAGGAUGAGAAUGGGGAUGUUGAUGAUGAUUUUGACGAUGAUGAUGAUGAUGAUAAACAUGAUGAGGAUGUGGAUGAGGUUCAGGAUAAGGAUGAGUUUGAGGAUGUGGAUGAGCACGAUGAUGAGGAUGAGUUUGACGUUGAGGAUGAGGAUGAGUGUGAGGAUUUUGAUGAGGAUGAGGAUGAUGAUGACGGUGAGGAAGAUGACGAUGAAUAUGUUGAUGAUCAUGAUGUUGAUGUUGUUGUUGUUUAUGAUCAUGAUGAUAAUGAUAUUGGUGAUGUUGAGGAUGAGGGUGUGAACGAUGAGGAUGACGAUGAUGAUUAUGAAGAUGAUUUUGAUGACGAUGAUGAUGAUGAUGAUGAUGAUGAUGAUCAUCCUGAUGAUGGUGUUGCUGAUAAUGAUGAUGAUGAGGAUGAGGAUGUGUAUGAGGAUGAUGCGGAUGAGAAGGUAUAUGAGGAUGGUGAUGAUGAUGUGGAUGAGGAUGAUGAUGAUGAAAAUGAUGAUGAUGAUGAUGAUGAUGACGACGAUGAUGAUGAGGACGAGGAUGUGGAUGUUGAUGAUGAUGAGGAUCAUGAUAAUGAUGAUGAUGAUGAUGAUGAUGAUGAUGAUGAUGUUAAUCAUGUUGAUGAAGAUGAUGAUGAUGAUGAUGAUGAUUAUGAUGAGCAUGAUGAUGGUGAUAAUGGUGAUGAUGAUGAUGUAGAAGAUGUUGAGGAUGAGAAUGAAGAUGAGGACGAGAAUGAGGUUAAUGAUGAGGAUGAUGACGAUGAUGAUAUUGAUGAUGAUGUUGAUGAUGAUUUUGAUGAUUAUUUUGAUCAUGAUCAUGAUGAUGAUCAUGAUGAUGAUGAGGAUGAGGAGGAGUUCCAGGAUGAUGAUGAGGAGGAGAUUGAGGAUGAUGAUGAUGUGGAUGAGGAUGACGAUUUGGAUGAUGAUGAGGAUGACUAUGAGGAUAUAGAUAAGGACGGGGAUGAGGAUGCGAUUGGGAAUGAGGAUGUGGAUAUUGGUGAUGAUGAUGAUGACGAUGGAGAUGAUGGCGAUGAUGAUGAUGAUGAUGAUGAUGAUUUUGCUGAUGAUGAUAAUGAUGAUUUUGAUGAUUGUAAUUAUGCCGAUGAUGAUGAUGAUGAUGAUAAUGAUGAGUUCGGUAAUGAUUAUGAGUACGAGGAUGAGGAUGGGGAUGAGGAUGACGAUGAUGAUGAGGAUGAUGACGAGGAUGAGGAUGAUGAUGAUCAUGAGGAUGAGGAUGAAGAUGAGGUUGAGUAUGUGGACGACGAUGACGAUGAGGAUGAGGAUGAGGUUGAGGAUGAGAAUGAGGAUGAGAAUGAGGAUGAGGAAGUAUAUAUGGAUAAGGAUGAGGAUGAUGACGAUGAUGAUUUGGAUGGGGAUGUGUAUGAGGAUGAGGAUUUGUUUGAGAAUGAUGAUGAUGAUGAGGAUGAGGAUCAGGAUGAGGAUGAGGAUGAGGAUGAUGAUGAUGAUCACGAUGAUGAUGUUCAUGGUGGUGAUGAUGAUGAUAAGGAUGAUGAUGAUGAGGAUGAGGAUUACGAUGAUGAGAAUGAGGAUGUGAAAGAGGAUGAGGAUCAGGUUGAGGAUGAGGAUGAGAAUGAGAAUGAGGACGAGGAUAACGCUAGCGGUGAUGAUGAUAUUGAAGAUGAUGUUGAUUAUGUUGAUCUUGAUGAUGAUGUUGAUGAUGAUGUUGAUGAUCAUUGUGAUCAUGGUGAUAAUGAUGUUAAUGAUGAUGAUGAUGAUGAUGAUGAUGAUGAUGAUGAUGAUGAUGAUGAUGAUGAUGAUGAUGAUGAUGAAGAGCAUGAGAAUAUGGAUGAGGAUGAGGAUGAUGAUGAUGUUGAUGAUGAUGAUGAUGAUGAUGAUCAUGAUGAUGAUGAUGAUCAUGAUGAUGAUGAUGAUCAUGAUGAUGAUGAUGAUCAUGAUGAUGAUGAUGAUCAUGAUGAUGAUGAUGAUCAUGAUGAUGAUGAUGAUCAUGAUGAUGAUGAUGAUGACGUUGAUAAUAUCGAUCAGGAAAUGGAUGAGGAAAAGUUUGAGGAUGAGAAUUUGGAUGAGAAGCAAUUCGAGCCUGAUGAUGAGGAUGAGGAUGGGGAUGAGGAUGAGGAUGAUGAUGAUGUUGAUGAUGAGAAUGAGGAUGACGAUGAGAAUGAGUAUGAGGUUGACGACGAGUAUGAGGAUGUGGAUCAGGAGCAGGAUGGGGAGGUUGAUCAUGAUCUUGACGAUGAUGAUGGUGAUUAUGAUGAUGAAAAUCAUGUUGACGAAAAUGAUGAUGAUGAUGAUGAUGUAUAUAUGGAUAAGGAUGAGGAUGAUGACGAUGGUGAUUUGGAUGGGGAUGUGUAUGAGGAUGAGGAUUUGUUUGAGAAUGAUGAUGAUGAUGAGGAUGAGGAUCAGGAUGAGGAUGAGGAUGAGGAUGAGGAAGAGGAUGAGGAUGAGGAUGAGGAUGAGGAAGAGGAUGAGGAUGAGGAUGAGGAUGAGGAAGAGGAUGAGGAUGAGGAUGAGGAUGAGGAAGAGGAUGAGGAUGAGGAUGAGGAUGAGGAAGAGGAUGAGGAUGAGGAUGAGGAUGAGGAAGAGGAUGAGGAUGAGGAUGAGGAUGAGGAAGAGGAUGAGGAUGAGGAUGAGGAUGAGGAAGAGGAUGAGGAUGAGGAUGAGGAUGAGGAAGAGGAUGAGGAUGAGGAUGAGGAUGAGGAAGAGGAUGAGGAUGAGGAUGAGGAUGAGGAAGAGGAUGAGGAUGAGGAUGAGGAUGAGGAAGAGGAUGAGGAUGAGGAUGAGGAUGAGGAAGAGGAUGAGGAUGAGGAUGAGGAUGAGGAAGAGGAUGAGGAUGAGGAUGAGGAUGAGGAAGAGGAUGAGGAUGAGGAUGAGGAUGAGGAAGAGGAUGAGGAUGAGGAUGAGGAUGAGGAAGAGGAUGAGGAUGAGGAUGAGGAUGAGGAAGAGGAUGAGGAUGAGGAUGAGGAUGAGGAAGAGGAUGAGGAUGAGGAUGAGGAUGAGGAAGAGGAUGAGGAUGAGGAUGAGGAUGAGGAAGAGGAUGAGGAUGAGGAUGAGGAUGAGGAAGAGGAUGAGGAUGAGGAUGAGGAUGAGGAAGAGGAUGAGGAUGAGGAUGAGGAUGAGGAAGAGGAUGAGGAUGAGGAUGAGGAUGAGGAAGAGGAUGAGGAUGAGGAUGAGGAUGAGGAAGAGGAUGAGGAUGAGGAUGAGGAUGAGGAAGAGGAUGAGGAUGAGGAUGAGGAUGAGGAAGAGGAUGAGGAUGAGGAUGAGGAUGAGGAAGAGGAUGAGGAUGAGGAUGAGGAUGAGGAAGAGGAUGAGGAUGAGGAUGAGGAUGAGGAAGAGGAUGAGGAUGAGGAUGAGGAUGAGGAAGAGGAUGAGGAUGAGGAUGAGGAUGAGGAAGAGGAUGAGGAUGAGGAUGAGGAUGAGGAAGAGGAUGAGGAUGAGGAUGAGGA